AUGACAAAUACAAUUGAGACCGAAGAAGCACUACUUCACGAAAUAGCUUUUUCCUGUCCUUUAGCAUAUAUGCAUUAUUUAAUAUCAGUCUAUGGUAGUGUUCGUUUACCACAAUAUGACAUUGGUAUUAUCAUGAAAUAUAUAAAUGGAUCAUCACUUGCUGCUGCUCUCAAUGAUAAAUCAACAAUUAUUCACAAUUUCUCUAUUCGAGAACGUUUAGAAAUUACAUUGAGUAUCGCUAAAGGUCUCGUUGAACUUUAUUUAGUUUACAUUGUUCAUCGUGAUUUUAAAGUAGAAAAUGUUCUUCUUUUUCAAUCUUCUAAUGGUAGUUACAUAUCAAAAAUAGCGAAUUUUGAUCUUAGCUAUCAAUUGGCAAUCGUCUCGGCUACGUUUGUCAAAGACUUUGGUGGUACUGUUGGUUAUGAUGUACUUGAAAUCGUCAGAUAUAUAUUCUUUAGCUUUUACUCUCUACGAACUUUUGGCAAUCAAAUGUACUUUUACUGGUAUGAAAUCGGUACGAAUUCUGGCAAGGUUCACUAUGCGCUGUGA